CUCACAUGUGUUCUUUGGUUCGUUCUUUUUUGUUAAAAUUAAAUGAAAGGUGAAUUAAAAAACAAAUCUAAACAAUAUUGUACAGUGCUUUGUUGAAUAUAACAAUUUUUCUUUAGUUUUUUUGAAGAAAUAUAUGAAAUUAUAUAUUCAUAGAACAUAAACAUGCCGAAGGGAAAGUCAAAGAAAUUUAUCGAUAAAAAGAAUUCGGUGACAUUUCAAUUGGUGCAUCGCUCGCAGAGAGAUCCUUUAAUUGCCGACGAUGAUGCUCCACUACGUAUAUUACGUCCUCUCGUCGAUACUCAAGCGGCGAAACAUUUGAAAAAAGACGCCGACAAACGUAAGGAGGAACAGGAAAAAUAUGGAAUUCUUUUCGAUGAUGAUUACGAUUAUAUGCAACAUUUACGCAGUAGCGAGAAACAAUCAACCGAAUGGGAAAGAAUUGAAAACAGUAAUAGUUCAACAAAGAAGGAAAUUGAUAAAACAAAAUUUAAUUUACCUGCAAAAAUAUUUGAAUCUGCCGAAGAGGAGAAAAUUGGUUUAUUAAAUCGUGCAAUUCCAAAGGGUCUUCAAUUAGAUUUAGAUCCUGAUAUUGUCGCAACAUUUGAAGACGAUUACAAUCAUGAUAAUCCCGAGGAUUCUGAUUGUGAUUUUGAGGAAGAUUUCAUUGCAUUGGCUGGUGGUGCUUUGAAAGAGGGUGAAAUUCCCGAAGAAGAUGGCGAAUAUGAUGAAGAUGAGGAGGAUUAUGAUGAGGAUGAGGAGGAUGAUGAUGAUUCGUGCGGUCAUAUGGAGAUUUCCGAUGAAGAAGGAGAUGAAGUCGGUAGUCUCCAUGGUGGACAAUUUACAUUCAGAGAUGAGGAGACAAGAUCACGUUUCACUGAAUAUUCGAUGAGCAGUAGUGUCAUGAGACGUAACAAUCAACUUACAUUGCUCGAUGAUCGAUUCGAAAAGAUGUAUGCCGAGUAUGAUGACAGUGAAAUUGGCGCACUCGAAGGCGAAGAAAUCGACGGUAAUUGCGAUCCUGAUAUGGAUCUUUUAUUGAGACACGUGGAAAAAUUCAAAAACGAACAAAAACAACAGGAAAGCGAGUCAAAGGACAUAGCGAAAUUAAUAAAAGAAAGAAUGAAAAUAAACGACGACGACGAGAAUUCAAAUUCCGAUGACGAUGAGACGACAAAUAAUGUAAAAAUUGUUGUCAAUAAUUCAGAGAAUGAAAAAUGGGAUUGCGAAAGUGUUUUAACAACUUACAGUAAUAUUUACAAUCAUCCAAAGAUAAUUGUCGAGCCUCGCGGUGAAAAAUUGGGUAAAAUAAAAAUUAAUUCCAAAACUGGAAUACCAAAAGAUGUAUUAGAUGGUCCUGGUGGUAAAUUAACGGCGAAAAAUUUAGCGCAAUUCGAUCGAAUUAAUAAUGAUCGUGAUGAAAGAAGUGGAGCGCAAUCUAUUGCUGAAACAAUGAGAUCAAUUGUUAGUGAAUUGAGUGUAAGACCAAAGGACGAGACACCAGAGGAGAGAAAGGAGAGGAAAAAAGCAUUAAAAGAAUAUCGAAAGGAACGACGAAUUGAACGUAAGGCAAAUGCAGAAGCAUUUAAGGAGGAGAAGAAACGACAGGAGAAAAUAAUGUUGAAUAAUAGAAUAAAUAUUCAGGGAAAUCGUUUAGUUUAAAAGUUAGUAAAUAAAGGUUUCUUUAUUUUUUUUCUUUAUGGAUAUUUUUUAUCAAAUAUUUGAUAUUUUAUACAAUUAAAAUAUUUAGAAUAAAUCUAGUUAAUAAAUAAAUUAAUAAUAA